AUGGCUUCAACUUCAACAACAACUUCAAUGGAAUGUGAAAACAAUGAGGAAAUAAAUCAGAAACAAUCAAUAAAAAAUUCUUGUGAGUAUGCUACUUCUCCAUUAAGCUCUAAAGUUCAAGAAAGUGUAAAGAGUGUUGAAAAAGAUGUUAGUGAAGAAAGUAUUUGUUCGAGUGGCUUCACUACACCAAAGGGUGAAAGAUUUAGAAUACCAAAAAUAGCUUUGGACGAUUGUCCACCGGCUCCAAAGAAAAUCAAAUCAAUUAUGCUGAGCCCUAAAAGGUUUCAAGUGGAUGAUAUGUUUUCAUCUCCUUCUCCAUAA